AAUCGCCAUUCAAUGUCAGCUAGGUGUAAGGCGGGACUUUAAGUACGGAAGCUGCCCCGGGACAAGAGGAAAGGAACAAGGGAAAGACCCGGUGAAGGGGCAGAACAGGCAGGUUCCCUCGACCCAGGACCCCCUGUUCCCAGGCUAUGGCCCCCAGUGCCCUGUAGACCUGGCGGGCCCCCCGUGCUUGCGACCCCUAUUUGGGGGUCUGGGUGGCUACUGGAGGGCCUUGCAGAGGGGCAGAGAAGGCAGGAACAUGACAUCUAGGGCCUCUGAACUUUCCCCGGGGCGCAGCGUGACGGCUGGCAUCAUCAUUGUUGGAGAUGAGAUCCUUAAGAUAGUCUCACUCUGUUGCCCAGGCUGGAAUGCAUUGGUGGGACCUCAGCUGACUGCACCUCCACCUCUCGCGUUCAAGCAGUUCUCAUGCCUCAGCCACCCGAAUAGUGGGAACUACAGUCCAGGCCCCUCAGCAGCCUGAGGUGGUGUCCUUCAAAGAGCAGAGCACUGCAUCAUCAGGUGGAUGGAGCCAUCAUCUUCAACCCCUCCCCUUCAUCCCUACAGUACUGAUGGCCUCAUCCUCCCCUUCAACCCCCAGGGACACACUCAGGACACCAACACCUUCUUUCUGUGCCGGACACUGCGCUCCCUAGGGGUCCAGGUUUGCCGAGUCUCAGUUGUACCUGAUGAGGUAGCCACCAUUGCAGCUGAGGUCACCUCUUUCUCCAACCGCUUCACCCAUGUCCUCACAGCAGGGGGCAUCGGCCCCACUCAUGAUGAUGUGACCUUUGAGGCAGUGGCACAGGCCUUUGGAGAUGAGCUGAAGCCACACCCUGAGUUGGAAGCAGCCACCAAAGCCCUAGGAGGGGAAGGCUGGGAGAAGCUGUCAUUGGUGCCCUCCUCUGCCUGCCUGCAUUACGGCACAGAUCCUCGCACUGGUCAUCCCUUCAGAUUCCCUCUGGUCUCCGUCCGAAACGUCUACCUCUUCCCAGGCAUUCCAGAGCUGCUGCGGCGGGUGCUGGAGGGGAUGAAGGGACUGUUCCAAAACCCAGCUGUUCAGUUCCACUCAAAGGAGCUAUAUGUGGCUGCGGAUGAAGCCUCCAUCGCCCCCAUUCUGGCUGAGGCCCAGGCCCACUUUGGACGUAGGCUUGGCCUGGGUUCCUACCCUGACUGGGGCAGCAACUACUAUCAGGUGAAGCUGACUCUAGACUCAGAGGAAGAAGGAUCCCUGGAGGAAUGCCUGGCCUACCUGACUGCCCGUUUGCCCCAGGGAUCGCUGGUUCCCUACAUGCCCAACGCCGUGGAGCAGGCCAGUGAGGCUGUAUACAAACUCGCUGAAUCAGGGUCUUCUUUGGGGAAAAAGGUGGCAGGUGCCCUACAGACCAUUGAGACCGCCCUGGCUCAGUACAGCCUCACCCAGCUCUGUGUGGGCUUCAACGGGGGCAAAGACUGCACUGCCCUCCUGCACCUCUUCCAUGCAGCUGUGCAGAGGAAAUUACCUGAUGUUCCAAACCCCCUCCAGAUCCUGUAUAUCCGCAGCAUCUCCCCUUUCCCUGAGCUGGAACAAUUUCUACAGGACACUAUCAAGAGGUAUAAUCUGCAGAUGUUGGAAGCUGAGGGCAGCAUGAAGCAGGCCCUGGGUGAACUGCAGGCACGGCACCCCCAGCUGGAGGCUGUCCUUAUGGGCACCCGCCGGACUGACCCCUACUCCUGUAGCCUCUGCCCUUUCAGCCCCACUGACCCAGGCUGGCCUGCAUUCAUGCGCAUCAACCCGCUGCUGGACUGGACCUACAGAGACAUCUGGGAUUUUCUGCGUCAGCUGUUUGUCCCAUACUGUAUCCUGUAUGACCGAGGAUACACAUCACUGGGGAGUCGGGAGAAUACCGUGCGGAACCCAGCCCUGAAGUGCCUGAGCCCAGGAGGACACCCCACAUACCGUCCAGCCUAUCUACUGGAGAACGAAGAAGAGGAGCGGAACUCCCGCACAUGACCUCCCACCCUAGGAGGGAGGGAAGGACGCUGUCCUAGAGUAUAACCUGGCAAUAAACCGUGCCUCUCACUGUG